GACUCUGUCGUCCGGUGAUCUAACCGCCUUCCGGAAAAGCUUCACAAGUACGUCGCCGACCAGAGGCUCAGAUCAGCUGCUGGAGGGACAGUGACAGCUCUACAGCUACUAUCAUGCAACUGAUACGCCUGGAAGCUGCGAUCAUACUUGGGAUAAUGAUUCAUCAGAUAUCAAGCAGCAGCAUUUCACCUCCACCUUCCAACUGUUUUGCUGAUGUGGACACCUGCAUGUCAAAUCUGUGCAAGUGGAGUCAAGAAGCAUUUUACGGCAACAUCUGUGAGGAUGAAGGCUGCCAAAUAAAAGGCUCAGAGGUCUGUAACUUGACCAUCCAGACUGUGCUGGACCAAUUUCCCUCUCUGCACGGGUGUGUGUGUGCCUGGGAGGAGGAGUAUUGUGGCUCUAUACAAGCACUUGCCACACAAUGCAACCAAAAUACAGCAGCGCAGAGGAGGAGAGCAGGGAAGGACUGGCAGUCAAGCAGUUUAAUAAGAUAUGUACAAAACGGUGCUGAAUCCUGCUUGGACCAAAUUAAAGUGUGCGUCAAUGAUGCAGUUUGCAACAAGUACCUCAUCCCCGUGAUUCAGGCAUGCAUGGCACCACAAUGUGACCAUGACCGCUGUGAGAAAGCUUCUCAGCAGUUCUACAGCAGCAUGCCACACGAUGUUGCAGAAAUAAUUGUCAUGUGCGAAUGUAAGGAUUCGGAUCAAAACUGUCUGGAUAUAAAAACUGCUCUGCACAGCGGCACAUGUGGAGACCAGAUAUGGAUCUGCCAGGAUACAGUUAACCUGUGUGUUGAGGACAGUACCUGCAGAUAUCUGUUAAAUAGCUUCCGAGUCAAAUGCUGGAGUCCUGAAGAAGCACAGUGCAGCGACAGAGACCUCCACACUGAUGAAUGUAUUAGCCAGAUGGACCCGGCUCUCAUCCUUGGUGCAGAUUCUGAAUGUAAAAAGGCCUUCCUGGAUACUUUGGGCACAGCUCUUCAUUAUCCUUGUCAAUGCAAAGGAAUGCACAAUGAUGAUCUACUGACGUGCAACCUCAUUCAUGACUUGCUUCACAACAGAUCACACUUCAUGACAUCUUGGAAGAGCAGUGAUGGUCCAACUAAAUAUCCUGAAGUCGAUGAAUCUGAGCAAGCUCUCACAUGGUCAAAUGGUUAUCUGCUAUUUGCUUUUGCAACUGCAGUACUUGUUGGAGUUGUUGUGUUAGUGCCUCUGGCUGUUGUCAGUAAAAUAUGGAUGCUCAGAAGAAGAGACAAAACUAAGUUUCACCAUCCAGAGAAAAGUAAUUGUGCUGUUAAUCCCUGAUGGUGUUUAUCCAUCCAUAAAAUGUUUGUCAUCAAUAAUCAUGGGUCAACAUUUUGUUCCUUUUUAGAUUGAAACGGUUUUAGAAGUUGCCUGAUUUUUUCAUAAUAUUGAUAAGAAUAUAUGAAAAAAUAUCGACAUAUACUUUGUUAUACUUACAUUUUAAUGUGACAUGUUAACUUGUGUAUCAGAGAUUUUUAAGACGGAUUCAUAUAUUUUAACAAUUGUAUUUUGAUUAAAAGGACAAUCGUUUUCUUUCUGCUGUAUAUGAUCAGUCUUCUUGUAAUUUAGUCUGUUUCACACUGACCUGGUCUUUCCAUCUUCGAAAGUUAAAACUCACCUGGAACAUUUCAU